CUUGUGCGAGCCUGACAGAGUAGCUCCAGUAUGACAGGAAUUCCUGAUCAUAAACAAGAUAAUGAGGACCUUAGGCACUCCAUGGUUCGUUUCCAGAGCUACUUGCAUGGCGGGACAUCCAGCUUGCUGUCCGCCAUCCCCACCCUCAUCGUCUUUCCUGUCUACAAGACUGUCUUCCGGCAGCAAAUCCACAACAGCCCAGUCCACCAGGCAGUGGGGCAGCUCUACAAAGAGGGGCCUGUGAAGCUCUACAGGGGUGUGGCCCCACCAUUGCUGAUGAGGACUCUGAAUGGCACGCUGCUGUUUGGCCUGCAGGACACCCUCCUCCACCAACUCUCCCUGUCAUCCCAAAAUGUCAUCUCCACCUCUGCCCUGCCUGCUCUGGCUGGGUUUGGUGCAGGUGUGGUAGAAGCAGUGGUUUUCACCCCAUUCGAGCGCGUCCAAAACCUACUGCAGAACGGCCGGAACGACCAUCAACUACCCACCCUGAAGAGUGUUCUGGUCAGGCUGCGGGCACAGAGGCUGGCCUUAGGGUACUACAGGGCCUUUCUGCCCAUCACAGCCCGCAAUGCUCUCGGCAGCUCCCUCUACUUUGGCCUCAAGGGGCCCAUAUGCGCUGUUGUGGCGGGACAGGGGCUCUCUCCAGUGGCCUCCUCCUUCAUCUCAGGGACGCUGACCUCCAUGGCAAUCAGCUUGGCUCUGUACCCACUCUCUGUGCUCGUGGCAAACAUGCAGGCACAGGCGGGAGGAGAGGGGAAAGGGGUCGUGGCUUGUUGGAGGAUGCUGUGGAAAUCUCGGCAGCAGAGUGUGGCUCUGCUGUACCGAGGAGGCUCCCUCGUUAUUUUGAGAUCGUGCAUCACAUGGGGAAUCACCACUGCUAUCUAUGACAGGCAGGAGAAACGUUCAGCCUGAGGAGACACAGAGGUCAUCUCUAUUGGAUAUCAAAAUGACAAGUUGAAAAUAGUCUUUUUAAAUUGCUUUUAAUAUGCAUUACUGUAGAAUGCUCCCUUGAAAAGUCCCCCAGACCCCACCUCCUGUUUGUGCAGGUGCUUCGACCAGUCAGCAGGAGUCCUGCAGCCACAAGGAUACGAUCCAUCAUCUGGUUCAAACCAACAAACACAACGCACAAGCAAGGUGAAAGCACCACUGCCAGGUUUUAAGCCCCGAUCUCUGAGGUAGUGGGCAAGUAUUUAAUUUAUAAUGAGCCAAAGUUGUUUGUAAACUAGAAAUAUAAAUAUGGUGCUAGUGGUUUUCUUUGUCUAAAAGGGGAACUUCACCUGAACCUGAAAGUCAGUUUACUUGCCAUGGGAAGUACUACAGCCUGUGAAAGCAGUUGUAUAAUUUGUUCUGUGGCUUUGGAGGAGCUUUUUCUUCUAUUAGAAUCUCAGGCAUUUUUGCUUUUAUUAACAUAGUAGAAAGUAGACAUGACAGCGAGUGAGGGGAAAGAGAUUGGGGAUGGCAUCCAACAAAGGUCACUAGCCCAGAGUUUCCUAAAGUCUGAUGAUCCUGUCCUGAUUAUCUCAACUUCGACUUGAUGACUACAACUUUAUAACAGAAAGCCUGCAAAACAAUUUGAUUUCCUUGGUUGUGGACAUGGUUAUUUAUAUAGCACUGUGACACUCAUCCAAGCUGUAAACUGCCUCUCG